AGCGGCAGCAGCAGCGGCUGGGGGCGGCGGCGGCGCGUUGGAGGCGGCCAUGGCAAAGCAGUACGACUCGGUGGAGUGCCCCUUUUGUGAUGAAGUUUCCAAAUACGAGAAGCUCGCCAAGAUCGGCCAAGGCACCUUCGGGGAGGUGUUUAAGGCCAGGCACCGCAAGACCGGCCAGAAGGUGGCUCUGAAGAAGGUGCUGAUGGAAAACGAGAAGGAGGGGUUCCCCAUUACCGCCUUGCGGGAGAUCAAGAUCCUUCAACUUCUAAAACAUGAGAAUGUGGUCAACUUGAUUGAGAUUUGUCGAACCAAAGCUUCACCCUAUAACCGCUGCAAGGGCAGUAUAUACCUGGUGUUCGACUUCUGCGAGCAUGACCUUGCUGGGCUGUUGAGCAAUGUUUUGGUCAAGUUCACGCUGUCUGAAAUCAAGAGGGUGAUGCAGAUGCUGCUUAACGGCCUCUACUACAUCCACAGGAACAAGAUCCUGCAUAGGGACAUGAAGGCUGCUAACGUGCUUAUCACUCGUGAUGGGGUCCUGAAGCUGGCAGACUUUGGGCUGGCCCGGGCCUUCAGCCUGGCUAAGAACAGCCAGCCCAACCGCUACACCAACCGUGUGGUGACACUCUGGUACCGGCCCCCGGAGCUGUUGCUCGGGGAGCGGGACUACGGCCCCCCCAUUGACCUGUGGGGUGCUGGGUGCAUCAUGGCAGAGAUGUGGACCCGCAGCCCCAUCAUGCAGGGCAACACGGAGCAGCACCAACUCGCCCUCAUCAGUCAGCUCUGCGGCUCCAUUACCCCUGAGGUGUGGCCAAAUGUGGACAACUAUGAGCUGUAUGAAAAGCUGGAGCUGGUCAAGGGCCAGAAGCGGAAGGUGAAGGACAGGCUGAAGGCCUAUGUGCGUGACCCGUACGCACUGGACCUCAUCGAUAAGCUGCUGGUGCUGGACCCUGCCCAGCGCAUCGACAGCGACGAUGCCCUCAACCAUGACUUCUUCUGGUCCGACCCCAUGCCCUCUGACCUCAAGGGCAUGCUCUCCACCCACCUGACGUCCAUGUUCGAGUACCUGGCACCACCGCGCCGAAAGGGCAGUCAGAUCACCCAGCAGUCCACCAACCAGAGUCGCAAUCCCGCCACCACCAACCAGACGGAGUUUGAGCGUGUCUUCUGAGGGCCGGCGCUUGCCACUAGGGCUCGUACAUUUUUUUCUUCUGCUAUGUGACUUGCAUCGUGGAGACGGUGGGGCAUUUGAGUUUAUCUCUCUCAUGCAUAUUUUAUUUAAUCCCCACCUUGGGCUCUGGGAGCAGCCCACUGAGUGGACUGGAGUGGAGCAUUUGCUGAAAGGCCAGGAGGGUAUCGGGGCUGUCCUGUCCUCGCUGGCUUUCUGGAUGGUGCCCAGAGGGUUUCCAUGGGGUAGGAGGAGGGGAUCUCCCACCAGUGACUUUUUCUAAGAGCUCCCAGCAUGGUGGAAGAGGGGACAGUUCCCUCACCCACCCACAAUCCUAUUCUCGGGCUGAGAACCCUGCGUGGGGACAGGGCUGGCCUCAGGAAUGGGCUGUUUUUGGCCUAACCCUCAGAAGCACUGGGGCUGGCACAAACUCUUGGUUUCUUCAGCAGGAGAAUUUUAUUGUGUUUCUUUUGGUUCCAUUGUUUGGAGACAUUCCUGGGCACAGUUUGGUCCGUUAGAAUUAAAAGGUUUUUUUUUUCUUUUUUUUUUCUUUUUUUUUUUUCUCCA